CCAAGAGGUGGCGGCUAAUCUAUGAUCAUUCGUAACCGUGUGGAGUGGGACCCUACCAUGCAGCCAAUUACAGCCCUUCAAGUUCUAGAAUAGUAACAAGAAUAUGCAGAACUUGAGAGAUAUUCUGGUCCGUUAGAUGGAAGAAUCGUGAAAUCUCUAGUGGAUCCUCCGUUCGUCUCGAAAUUUUCUUUCUUGCCGCCUUCUGAUUCCGCCCUUUUACUCUAGUCUAGAAAUCUCUCAAACAUUCUAACGAACUCCACGAAACCUUUAAAUUUCUCACCUCAUCAGCAAUCCCAAUUCGAUUCAGUGCGAGCAGCAAGUCUUUCCGUAAAUUCUUCUUGCAACUUUGAUUUUCUUUCUUAAUUUUCUUUCAAUUCUCUGUUCUUUAUUGAUUUCGAGUUCAAGUUUCGUUAAUGGCUGCCAAGACUGAAGGAAAGGCCAUUGGCAUCGACUUGGGUACCACCUACAGCUGCGUGGGAGUAUGGCAGAACGAUCGUGUCGAGAUAAUCGCCAAUGAUCAAGGUAACCGGACAACCCCCUCUUAUGUUGCUUUCACCGAUACAGAACGGUUGAUUGGUGAUGCAGCAAAGAACCAAGUUGCCAUGAAUCCGUCCAACACUGUAUUCGAUGCGAAGCGGCUUAUUGGGCGGCGAUUCUCUGACCCUUCCGUGCAGAGCGACAUGAAGCUCUGGCCUUUCAAGGUCAUCCCCGGCCCUGGCGAUAAGCCCAUGAUUGAGGUGACUUACAAGGGUGAGAAGAAGCAAUUCGCAGCAGAGGAGAUCUCGUCCAUGGUGCUGACCAAGAUGAGGGAGAUUGCAGAGGCGUUCUUGGGUCAGACGGUGAAGAACGCUGUCAUUACUGUCCCGGCUUACUUCAAUGAUUCACAGAGGCAAGCCACCAAGGAUGCUGGAGCGAUUGCAGGGCUUAAUGUGCUGCGUAUUAUCAAUGAACCCACUGCAGCUGCAAUUGCUUAUGGUUUGGACAAGAAAGCUUCGAGGUCUGGCGAGCAGAACAUCCUCAUCUUCGAUCUUGGUGGUGGUACUUUCGAUGUCUCUCUGUUGACGAUCGAAGAAGGUAUCUUCGAGGUGAAAGCCACUGCCGGAGAUACCCAUCUCGGUGGUGAGGAUUUUGACAACCGCCUCGUCAACCACUUUGUUGCAGAGUUCAGGCGGAAACACAAGAAGGAGAUCAGUGGCAAUGCCAGAGCUCUGAGGCGGUUGAGGACUGCCUGUGAAAGGGCCAAGCGAACUCUGUCUUCCACAACUCAGACGACGAUCGAAAUUGAUUCUCUCUACGAAGGUAUCGACUUCUACGCCACCAUCACCAGAGCCCGGUUCGAGGAAUUGAACAUGGAUUUGUUCAGAAAAUGCAUGGAACCAGUCGAGAAGUGCCUCCGAGACUCCAAGAUGGACAAGAGCCAGGUCCAUGAAGUGGUUCUUGUUGGUGGGUCUACCAGGAUCCCAAAGGUACAGCAGCUUUUGCAAGAUUUCUUCAAUGGGAAGGAGCUCUGUAAGAGCAUCAACCCAGAUGAAGCUGUCGCUUACGGUGCUGCCGUUCAGGCUGCAAUUUUGAGCGGUGAAGGCAAUGAGAAGGUCCAAGAUCUGCUGCUCCUCGAUGUCACUCCUCUGAGUCUGGGUAUCGAGACUGCCGGUGGUGUCAUGACCGUUUUGAUUCCUCGUAACACAACGAUUCCGGCGAAGAAAGAGCAGAUCUUUUCAACCUACUCGGAUAAUCAACCUGGAGUGUUGAUUCAGGUCUAUGAAGGAGAGCGAGCCCGAACCAAAGAUAACAAUCUUCUGGGCAAAUUCGAGCUCACAGGCAUUCCUCCAGCACCAAGAGGUGUUCCACAGAUCAAUGUCUGCUUCGACAUUGACGCGAACGGAAUCCUGAACGUGUCAGCAGAGGACAAGACCGCAGGAGUGAAGAACAAGAUCACAAUCACCAACGACAAGGGUAGGCUGAGCAAGGAAGAGAUCGAGAAGAUGGUGAAGGACGCAGAGAGGUACAAGUCAGAGGAUGAGGAAGUGAAGAGGAAGGUGGAUGCUAAGAACUCGCUCGAGAAUUACGCUUAUAACAUGAGGAAUACCAUUAAGGACGAGAAGAUUAGUGGGAAAUUGGAUCGUGCGGACAAGCAGAAGAUUGAGAAGGCAAUCAAUGAGGCGAUUGAAUGGUUGGAUGGGAACCAAUUGGCUGAAGUGGAGGAGUUAGAGGACAAAUUGAAGGAAUUGGAGGGUCUCUGCAAUCCAAUUAUUGCAAAAAUGUACCAGGAAGGUGUUGGUGGCAUGCCUGAAGGAAUGGGUGGUGGUGCUGGCAUGCCUGGAGGUGGCUAUGGAGGGAGCAGCCAAGGUGGGUCUGGUAGCAGUUCUGGGCCUAAGAUUGAAGAGGUUGAUUGAAGAAAAGUCAUUUUUUUUUUUGUAAGGCUAAGGGGAGAAGAUGCUCUGUUCUGAAAUUUAGUUCUUUGGCUUAUAGUUGGGCUUCCUGGGUUUGGGAAGAUUGUUUUUGUAAUCUGAGAGUUCUGUGUUGUGUUUUUUGGCUCUCUUAAGCAGUUGGGCUUUGUUCAUUGUGAAUAAUCCCUGUAACGUGACAAUGAAAUCAAAGCAAUACUUAGAUGUAAUUUAGCUU